UGACGCUAGGUAUUCACUCAAGUAAUACAUGGAUAAUACCGUUUUCGUCAUACUCCAAAUUUUAUCCAAUUAAUUAUACAAAUAAAUAAAAUUACAAUAUUUAAAAACUAAUAAAUAUUGAUAUAAUGGAAAUAGGUUUACAAAUAGGUUAAUAGUUAUAAAUAAUAGCUCGUAAUGAUUAUAUCAAAUGUAUUUAUGUUUACAUUAUGGAUUCAUCUACUGUAAAUUGGAAAUGAAAACAUCAACAAUUUUUUUCUGUUUUUUAAAGUAUCUUUAAACAUAACUGUGAUAAUACAAUAAUAGAAAAUGAAAUCACUACUGAUUUUUAUACCAAACAAUUUUCCAUCUGAAAAACAUGGUUAUAUUCAUGGAAAAGUAUAUAAUGAUUACGAAAGUAAUAGUAAAAAAUUCUUCAUAACAAAUAUGCAGUGUUUAGAUGAAGUGAGUAAUAAUAAAGGACCUUCUACAGGUAUUAUUGAAUCUAUUGGUUAUUAUUCAGGAUGUACUGAUAUUCAAGAUUUAAAGAAAAGAGGAAACGAUUGGAUUGUUAUUAGUUUGAGACCGCUACAAUGUUUAAAAAGUAGUAAAGAAGUUCAUGAUUAUUAUUUACAAAAGAUUUUUAUUGACAAUAAAAUUGUUGACAGUUGUGAUUAUUAUACUGUUAUUAUAAUUUACGAUACAACAGCAUUGUUGAAAACAGAAUUGUUUAGACAUCAUAAUGCUACUGGGAAUCAUUUUUUACAAUUGAAGGAUAUUUUGGAGAGAAAAGCUAUUGAUGAUAAAAUGAAAAGAAAUAAUUAUUUUUCAUUUUUAAAGGAAAUAAUAUUCAUGCAUACUUUAUGGCUAUUCAUGUAUCCAGUAUUAUAUUCAUAUAAAAUUACUAACAAAUUAUUGCCAAUUUUUAAGUAUUCUACACUUGGUUUACAUCUUAAUAAAUGGUUGGAAAAUAGUAAUUGGAUACUAUUAACAUUAAUCCAAGAUAAGAAAUUUUCUCUGAAAACAAUCAAUCAUAUCUUUGCAACAAUUUUCGAUAUAUUGUUAGGUAUAUUGUUUAUCAAAUUUUUUUUAUACGUUAUUGGAAACACUCUACUAUCUCAAAUUCUAUUAGAUAAUGCUGAGAUAGUUGUGGAUUCAUUGAAAAAUUUAGUCUACUGGUUGAUGGGAUCUCCAGCAGGCUUGAAACUUAAUUAUUCAUUCAGUAAAAUACUGGGAAAAUUUUUUCUUUAUCACAUCCAUUUUUGGUGGCUUUUUUUAGUAUCAAUAAAACCAGUGAUGGAUUUCUUUUUUGAAGUUCUUUUAUUAUUCGGAAGAUUAGGAAUUACUUUUCAAAUAGCUAUUGCUGCUGAUAUUUUAGCACUCGUUAGUUUUCAUGCGUACUGCAUUUACGUUUACGCAGCAAGACUUUAUUAUAUACAAAUUCGAGGAUUAACAGCUUUGUUUAGAUUAUUCCUUGGUAAAAAGAAAAAUCCUUUACGUGAACGAGUUGACUCCUGCUCAUAUCAAGCAGACCAACUUUUUGUUGGUACUCUGCUUUUCACAAUAUUAUUAUUUCUAAUGCCAACUACAUGGGUUUAUUACAUUGUAUUUACAACGUUACGUUUAAUAAUUAUCGGCUUUGGCGGAGUUUUAACCAGAUUAAGAUUUUAUUUUCAAGUUUUGCCAGUUUAUGCAUUUUAUUGUUGGCUGUUUAAUUUGGAAAAUAUUCAUAGUUCAGUAAAACUAGUCACCAAAUCUAGACAUGAAAAUGGAUCUAUAACUCUGUUGAUGACUACAGUAACUUCUUCAUGGAAAGAUACCUGGAUUCACUGUAUUCCAGAUACAAUAAACCACAUUCCUUCUAUUGAAUGGUCAAUGAUUGUAAAAAAUAUACUCUGGGGUAAACUAUUAUACCCCUUAUAAUAAAGAUUCAAGUAUAUUAAAUUA